UCCCCUUAACCGCGAAUCGCAAGCUGACUUCAGCGUCGUCUCUGCCUCCCGCUAACACACACGAAGAAGAAGAAAAAGGAGAAGAAGAAGAGGAAGAAGAAGCUGCUAAAUCCCCCGCCAACACACGAAGAAGAAACUGCCAAAUAUAACGUCCUACCUCCCGCCAACGAGCACGAAGAAGAAGAAGCUGCCAAAUAUGGAUAAAACGCCGGUGUUGUUAGCUGGCAGUGCUAGUCUUAAAAGUGGUUGUAUGAACCAGUAUGUGAAAUAUUACAAGCUUAUAAUUUUUUGUGACCGAUAACAGGAGAAGAUUUUGUCACCGAACUUGCGAGUUAAGAUAAAGAGCUCAAAGGAAAUGUCUAUGGAGUGCUCCCUGUCACCUCCUCCACCCCCUCCUCCUCCUCCUCCUCCUCCUCCUCCUGCUCCAGGUCCACCACCUCCUCCAGCUUCAGCCCCCAAGAAGAAGCUGUACCAGACUAUAGCCAGCAGCAGGAGUCCUGUUGAAGGGGACCACACAGAGGCCCUGUCACUGCUCCGUCAGAGAGAGAGCAGUUUCAGGAAAGAUCUGCAGUGGAUACUGAUGAACACAUAUGUGCCUUCCCUGAUCCAAGAUGGUCCACAGUGUGGUUUGGUGGCUUUAUGGAUGGCUGCACACCUUCAACAGCCACAGCCGAGUAUCGACAUGGACACAGUCGUUCAGACGGCGCUGAGCCGGGGAUACACGGCGCAGGGUGAAAUGUUUUCAGCUAACAACAUGGCCCUGCUGGCAGAAGCGGUUUGCGGCUGCAAGGCAGAGCUGCUGUCAGGUGGUUUAAGUGGUAAAAACGCUGCAGCCAUCGUCACGCACCUGUGGGGAAGACAGCCUGUUCUCAUCCCAUACGAUGAGGAUUACAACCAUGAGCCGUGCCAGCGUAGCGGCCACAGGGCGCACUGGGCUGUCGCCUCAGGUGUCCUCCUUGGUCUGGACCAGGGUAGCUUGAGCACUGAGCACACCGAGCCUGAUCCCACUCUGCCUUGGCUUCACCUGCCCAGUGACACCAGCUCACCUUGUCCCGUCAGCCUCAGAGAGGUUUACGUCCUGGCUAAGCAGGGUAAAAGCCUGCGCUACCAGCUGUGGAGUUUGGAUAGCAUCACUCAGAGCAACGAGCAGCUGAGGACAAUGGACCCUCAGAGGGCCAGUGACGGGACGCAGUAUGUGGUUCCUCAAGGAGGGGUGGAAGCCGGACUGGCUGGACAGGCGGUCUUACUCCACACACGGACGAAGAAGCAGUGAUGAGACUGCUGGUCAACAGAAACCAGCUGUGCAGUAAACAAUGGACGGAGAAAACACUUCAUGUGUAUUUGUUGAGAGGGGCUGCAGUGACAUGACGUGAAUGAUACAGCAGAAUAUCAAUCAUGGAUAUUUACAGAUGUGGAUCUGUCUCAGCGUGACGACCACAUGUUUGACUUCCUCCCACAGAGCUUUGAAAAGGGCUUCAUCAACCAAAGUGUUUAACUGUGAUGAUACCGUAUGUGCCACAAUUGUGAUGUUUUGUGGAUCCUGUUAAUAUGAGACAAAAAAAAAAUUUGUCUCACGAUUUUGUUAUACUGAGUCAGGCUGCAACCAACGAUUAUGUUAAUUAUUGAUUACUUUGUUGAUUAUAUUCUCAAUUAAUCAAUUAGUUGUUUGGUCUUUAAAAUGUCAGAAAAUGGUGAAAAAUGUCCAUCACUGUUUCCCAAAGUCACAGAUGCAACAUAAAAUGUCUUUUUCUGUCCCGACUGAUAGUCAACAAAGUUUACUAUCAUACAAGAUUCAAGAAACCAGAAAAUAUUCUCAUUUAAGAAGCUGGAACCAGAUAAGUUCAGCUUUUUUCCUUAAAAAAUGGCU